AUGCUGGGCACACGGGUCGCUAGGGUGUCCUUACGAUCGUGCGCGAGCUGCCCUCCCCCGAAGCAGUCGCCCCUACCCAAGCCGCCCGCUGACCACCGCGACCUCGCCGUGCAACAAGAGCUCUUCACCACCUCGGUCUACUCCCCUGGCAGUCCCAUCUUCCUGCCCGCCGGUGCUCGCAUCUUCAAUCGCCUUGUCGGGUUCCUCCGCCGAAAGUACGUCAAGUAUGGCUUCCAGGAGGUCAUCACCCCCACAAUCUACAAGAAGGCCCUGUGGGCGAAGUCGGGCCAUCUCGAGAACUAUGCCGACGACAUGUUCACCGUGACGAGCACAUCCCCCUCUCGACGCGAUCCUCCUUCCGAUUCCGUCCUGGAAGAUGGGGCAGCUGCCGAGGAGGAGGACGAGUACGGCCUCAAGCCCAUGAACUGCCCCGGCCACUGCCUCAUCUUCGCCGCCCGCCGCCACUCCUACCGCGACCUGCCCAUCCGCUACGCCGAUUUCUCCCCGCUGCACAGGAACGAGGUCUCGGGCGCCCUGAGCGGCCUCACGCGCAUCGAGGACGAGAUCCGGCGCACGCUCGACUUUGUACGCGAGACGUACGAGACGUUCAAGCUGGGACCCUACAGGCUGGUGCUGUCGACGCGGCCGCAGGAGCAUUACAUCGGCACCCUGGAGGAGUGGGACCAGGCCGAGGGUGCGCUCAAGAGCGCGCUGGACCACGCGGGCCAGGCGUGGACGCUCAACGAGGGCGACGGGGCGUUCUACGGGCCCAAGAUCGACAUCAUCCUCAAGGACUCGGACGGAAAGGAGCACCAGACGGCGACGGUGCAGCUGGACUUCCAGCUGCCCAAGCGGUUCGAGCUCGAGUACGAGGCCCCCGCGCCAGAGCUGGAGCAGAGGGGCCUGACUUCUUCCGACCCUGCAAAGCAGGCUGUCGUGGGCCGAGUCCGCCCCGUGAUGAUCCACAGAGCCGUGCUUGGCUCCGUGGAGAGGCUGAUGGCGCUGCUGAUUGAGCACUACAAUGGCAAGUGGCCGUUCUGGCUUAACCCCAGGCAGGUGGCUAUCAUCACCGUCAACGACACGGAGCCCGUCGUGACUAUGGCGCGGGACACCAUGGAUGUUCUCCUGGGCACGGAAAACAGCCGCAGUGAGCCGUUGGUCGAUGGCGAGGCGGCGCCGACCUCAGUCAGCCACCCGUCACAGCUGGCGGUGGAUCUGGACGACAGCCCGCGGAGUGUGGGCCUCAAGGUUCGCGAGGCGAAGGCCAAGGGCUACGGCGCGAUUGUCGUGAUUGGGCCCAAGAAUGUGGAUAGUGGGAGUGUAAGUGCCAACGUGUCGGGUAUACCAUCAUUGAAAGACCAGAAAGAUGAUGUGCCUAUGACUGUGAUAGAACUGCUGCGCUUCCUGAAGCUGCAGGUAGAUACGUACCAGUAG